AUGUCUAAAAAAAAUCGCAUUUCUGUUAAAGAAAUCCAAAACAAAAAUGUCGAAUUUCUUCCAGAUGAAUAUGAAAAUUACCGCAGAAUCCUGGAUUUCAUCGUUGAGAAAGGUGUUUUAUUUUGUAAACAGAAAGCUGCUGUUCGUAAUCAAUUGUUAGAAUUGAGUCAAAGUGAUGAUAAGAUUAUGAGCGCUGCCUACCGGUAUUGCACCGAACUAUGCAAGCAACAAAUUCAAACCCAACUGCCCCUGCAAAUAUACAACAAUAUAGCUAUCAAAAACGAACCUAACAAAUCAGAAAUCGAAAAAACACCUAUGACUAUUCAAGAACCUGAAGACUCUCGCAACCCUAGGAACUUUUUCUUGAAAAAAAUCUCAUUAUGUUUCAUGUUGAUAAUUAUUUUACUUAUUAUUGCCGGAUUAUUUUAUUAUAUAAAGAACGACAGUGAUAUGACAGACAUUAGGAAAAAGGUUGAAGAAUUUAAGAACAAAAAUCACGCUAUAGAAAACAUGCUAUUGGUUAUGAGAAAUGAACACGAAAAAAAAGAGGAAAUGAUCGCGUAUUUGGAAGCUGAAAUACAAAGGAAGGAGAGUCAAUAUAACAAGUUAAGCUUCGAGUUCAAUAAGAUUGUCAAUAUUCUAGAAUUGGAAAACGACGAAAGACAUCAAAUAUUGAAAAAAAUCAAGGCGGAAAUCGAUAGUUGUUCAGAUACAUAG